AUGGUUUACACUACUAGACAGAUCGGUGCUAAGAACACCUUGGAUUACAAAGUUUACAUCGAAGAGAACGGUAAGCCAAUCUCUUCUUUCCAUGACAUCCCUUUAUAUGCCGACGAAGCUAACCAAAUUUUCAACAUGGUGGUUGAGAUCCCUCGUUGGACCAACGCCAAGUUGGAGGUCAGCAAGGAGGAGACUUUGAACCCAAUCAUCCAGGACACCAAGAAGGGCAAAUUGAGAUACGUCAGAAACUGCUUCCCUCACCACGGUUACAUUCACAACUAUGGUGCUUUCCCUCAAACAUGGGAGGACCCUAACUCCAUUCACCCAGAGACUAAAGCCGCCGGUGACAACGAUCCUUUGGAUGUUCUAGAAAUUGGUGAAACUAUCGGAUACACUGGUCAGGUUAAGCAGGUCAAGGUGUUGGGUGUUAUGGCUUUGUUGGAUGAGGGGGAAACUGACUGGAAGGUCAUCGUGAUCGACAUCAACGAUCCUCUGGCUCCUAAGCUAAAUGACAUCGAGGAUGUCGAAAAGUACUUCCCAGGUCUAUUGAGAGCCACUAACGAAUGGUUCAGAAUUUACAAAAUCCCUGACGGAAAGCCUGAGAACCAAUUUGCUUUCUCCGGUGAGGCCAAAAACAAGAAGUACGCUUUGGACGUUAUUAGAGAAUGCAGCGACGCGUGGAAGAACUUGAUUCAAGGCAAGUCCGACGUCAAGGGUAUUGAGCUAACUAACACUACCCUGUCUGGUACUUCUACCUACUCCCCAUCUGCCGGCUCUGCUGUGGCCGCCGCCGAACAAAAGGAAGAUGCCCCUGUGGACAAGUCAGUUGACAAGUGGUUUUUCAUCUCCGGUUCAGCUUAA